UAUUCCCAAGCCUCUGGCCCGCGCCUCGCCUGUCAAGCGUUUCAUUGUUCCUGGCUGAUGUCACUCCCAGUUGUUACAGACGCCUCGGUGGGUGACAAUGUGGGACUAAGAGGCACAGCCGACGGGGAGGACAAUCAGGCAAGGUCUGGCUGCUUGUUUCCCUUCUAGGCCAAGUGCUGUUUCCCCAGCAGCAGGUUCAUGCAUUCCUAUACCAUGGCAUCACCAGACAGGAUGAGUGGCUCAGACACCGGCCUGGAGGAGACAGAGCUCAGCAUUACUCUCACCCUGCGGAUGCUCAUGCAUGGGAAGGAAGUUGGCAGCAUCAUCGGCAAGAAAGGCGAGACAGUAAAGAGGAUACGAGAACAAAGCAGUGCCCGGAUAACCAUCUCCGAGGGUUCCUGUCCCGAGCGCAUCACCACCAUCACUGGAUCCACUGAUGCUGUUUUCAGAGCUGUCUCCAUGAUCGCUUUCAAAUUGGAGGAGGACCUGGGCACUGGAGCCACCAAUGGAGGAGCUGUAUCCAAGCCACCAGUGACACUGAGGCUCGUCAUCCCAGCCAGCCAGUGUGGCUCGCUCAUUGGCAAAGCAGGUGCCAAGAUCAAGGAGAUCCGAGAGACCACGGGAGCUCAGGUCCAGGUUGCAGGAGACCUGCUGCCGAACUCCACCGAGCGAGCAGUCACAGUCUCUGGUGGGCCAGAUGCCAUCAUCCAGUGUGUGCGGCAGAUCUGCGCUGUCAUCCUGGAGUCACCUCCCAAAGGAGCCACCAUUCCGUACCAUCCCAGCCUCUCCCUGGGGACUGUCCUCCUCUCGGCCAACCAGGGCUUCUCCAUGCAGGGGCAGUACAGUGGUGUGUCGCAAGCAGAGGUGACAAAACUGCAGCAGCUCUCUGGGCAUCCUGUCCCUUUUGCCUCUCUGGGUCAGACACCCUCCAUGGUACCAGGCCUGGACACCAACCCCCAGAGCACCUCCCAGGAGUUCCUGGUCCCCAAUGAUCUCAUUGGCUGCAUCAUUGGGCGCCAGGGCAGCAAGAUCAGUGAGAUCCGGCAGAUGUCCGGGGCGCACAUCAAAAUUGGGAACCAGACAGAAGGCUCCAGUGAGCGCCACGUGACCAUCACGGGGACCCCAGUCAGCAUCACCCUCGCCCAGUACCUCAUCACUGCCUGUUUAGAGACAGCCAAAUCUACCUCCCAGACGCCCUCUGUCUCCAGCCCUGUUGACCUCAGCAUGACUUUCUCUCAGCCCCUCAGCCCGGCACCAGCCCCAGCGCUGACAGCAGUAGCUGCACCCCCUCCCGCCUUGCUGGGUGCCCCCUAUGCCAUCUCCCUCUCCAAUUUCAUUGGCUUGAAGCCUGUCCCCUUCCUGACGCUGCCGCCCUCCACAGCCACGGGGCACAACGGCAGCCUGACGACCUACACGACCAAGAUCUCCACAGCUAAUGGGACGAAGAAAGCAGAGAGGCAGAAGUUCUCCCCGUACUGAGGCCGAUGGGCAGAAGGGUGGUGGGGGAAGAGGAGGGCAGGAAGGAGACUCAGGAUGCCCAUGCCCCACUGCGGGAACCAGAGUCCGUGCCACACCAUGUAGCGGGGCUGAGCAGCACACCAGGGGAAGGACCUUGUGGAGGAAGGGGACAGGGCCUGUGAGUACCCUAGAGCUCUGCAGCACUGAGCUCAUUAGGGCUGCUGGUUGCACAGCCUUCCCCCACCCACUCCUCCAAACCUAAAGCCCCUGUGUGCCAGGGGAUGUUUCAGCCCUACAGCCCCAGUUCCUACCAACCCUACCCUGAGGAGGGCUGGUUCUGCCCUCCCCCCUGUCCCCCCCACCCCUAGAAGAGACUGACCAUGCCCACUCCUCCCCCUAGUUUCCUCCCCCUCCCAUUUUGGAAAAGCCCAUCCGUGUCCCCUCACCCUCCAGAUCCCCCUGCAAGAGCUGACUGCCUCCCCCUACCCUGAGCCCCCUGCCCCAUGCUGAGAGGGGCUGUCUCUUCUCCCACACACCCCCAUGCUUUAGGUUUGUUAACUUUAGGGGAUGUUACCCAGCACCACCCAAACUCUAGUAGGAAUUUGGGGGUAGGUUUAUUGCUGGGCUGGUUUGUGCUGAGGCCAAUGUAGGUAAGGCACAUCUUUAGGCUAUUUUUAGGGUGUUUGGGGGAAGGGGAAAAGGACUGGAAACUGUGCCCUGCUGCAGGCUCUCUGGGACCUACUGGGAAGACCAGGACUGGAAUUGUUCACACACUGUGCAGGACUCAGAGUGUUUUUCAUGAUAUAAACCACGGCCUCCCCCCCCCCCACUUGUACCAAGCUGGAAAGUCAACAUUAAUGGCACUCAGUGCCCUAACCCCAUGCACCCCUGUCCCAGUCUUCCUUUCAGACCAAGCCUCUGUGGAAACCACUUGUCAUUGCCCUAAUGCUGGGAGGGGCCCUCAGACAGAUAGAUGGUGGAGGAUCUGACAGGGCAGUCUCCUGCAAAAAGGAGCCUAUGCUCCUGCUUCCUGGAAAGCACAAAGGAAGAAGGGAAUGCAGGGCCAGUGCUUGGAAUAUCACAGUCCCUGUCCCCUGUCCUCUGCCAGGGACCCUCACACUGCAGCCACUACACUGUGGCCUGGGUCUCCAGGCAGGACUGAGGGCAGAUUGGCUAUGAGAAUGGCAGAUGUUUGUGUGCCUUGGACUAGCCUGGUGGCUUAGUGGCUAUAAGAGAGUUACAGAUCUAGGCAAACAACCAUUGGCUAGUGAGGAAGGUUCCUGACCUGUCAGGGAAACAGCCUGUGGCAGGAUCCCAGCAUUAAUAGCCAAUGAGUGGGUUCAUUUGCUCCCAUUGGCUGCCAGAGACUAAUGGUUGCAUGGAAUAUCCAAUUAGAGCUGGUUAUGUUUUGUCCCCUUCCACUGUGGUUGCAUUGAGUGAAUCCUGGCCAGGCUUUCCCCUAGGGAGUGGCUCCCAGUCUCCACCCUCCUGGGGCCCAUUCCUUCCCCCAGGGUUGAUGGCACCUCAGCCUCUUCCCUGGCAACAAACCCAUCUCAAAUGCUCCUUCCUUCUCCAGUCACUCACAUAGAUCACGCCUGUGAGCAUCCACUGCCAUAAAGCAGGCCAGGCCUUUCCCUCUCUGGUGAUGCUGCCCUGAGGCCUUCUCACAGGAGGGAGGGAGAAAAAGAGAAAGGGCUGAGCUAGUUCAUCCCUUGACCUCCUCCACGGGGAAGCAGGUGCAUGCUAAAGUGUCCAGCUGAGUUGAUGGCCCGCCAGGCCCAAGCAUUGGUGCAUGGACACUCAGCACAGAGACUGAUGCCUCCAUGCUGGGGCUCAGAAGCAGCACAUAGCCUGGCUAAUCCUAUGUGGGACUCUCAGGUCAGGCAGCAGCGCUGCUGGACUCUUCCUGGUGGGGUAUAUCUAAGGUCAUGCACUAAGGGCAUACACUAAGGGCAUGCUUGCAGCAUGGCUGGGCAUGUUCCACCUGGAACCUGGCUAGCAGUGACAGUGAGCCAGCAGGGGCCUCGGCACUGUCUAGCAACCCAAGAGCAGAGUCAGGUGCCCAGUGGGCUUGUCCCACAGUGAUUGCUCAUGAUGACAUGGUCCCGUGAAUCGGGCAACCUGUUCCUGGUCUGUAACUACUGGGAUUCCAACAGCGCACAGUCCCCACUGCUGAAUCCCAACAGUGAAAGCAGCUCAAGCUGAGAUCAAAGGCAUCCACAAGCCAGAUCCUCGCUGAUGUGAGCCAGCACCGCUCCCCUGAAGCUGCCCAGCAUCUGACACCUCAGCUCCAUCAGGCCAGAACCCAGGUGCUCCCUCCAGCAGAGACCUGGCCACCAACUCUGUACCCUGGUUGGUACAAAUGUGUCUACCCUAUUCCACUCUCACUAGUGAACAAACCUGAGGCAACCCCAUCAGAGAGCUCCCCCUCCCUCACCGCCUCACGUGAGCCGGCGCUGGUCAGCGUGGGAAAUGCUGUACAUAUGAGUCUAUAUUUUUUCCUCCUUUGUAACUUAUCACUGGUUUAAUAAAAAGACAAACUUUGCCAA